AUGACUAUCGCCGAGGAAUUCCGCUCGAGAAACUUCAGUAUCUACGGACAAUGGACCGGCGUGAUCUGCAUCGUCUUGUGCCUGGCUCUCGGCAUCGCCAACAUCUUCUCGUUUAACGCCAUUACCAUCAUCUUCAGUGUCCUGUGCCUUAUCUCGGGCCUGAUUCUCAUCUUCGCCGAGGUUCCUUUCUUGCUCAGAAUAUGCCCGACCUCCCCCAAAUUCGACGAAUUCAUCCGCCGCUUCACGACCAACUGGAUGCGCGCUGGGAUGUACCUGGUCAUGAGCGUGGUGCAAUGGCUGAGUCUCAUCCACGCCGCCACCAGUCUGAUCGCCGCUGCCGUUUUCCUGCUCGUCGCCGCUCUGUUCUACGGACUGGCGGGCCUGAAGAGCCAAGAGUUCGUCGGCAGCAAGACUUUGGGUGGCCAAGGUCUUGCGCAGAUGAUCGUCUAA